GUUAUUGUCAGGACAACGAGAGAUGAAGAACUCCAAGCGGCCUCAUUUCUUUGAGGUUUUCCAGCCUGACGCGAGCUCCGAGCGACUGGGCGUAAAAGUAUUGGUAGCCGUUUGGAUGUUAGCCUCAGGCCUAAACACGUGCAUAGAGGAGGAAAAAAGAAGAGUAAAGAGACGGAAAUGCUUGUAAUCCUAGGGAUGUGGGUCAUGGCUGUCUACUCCUACACUGUAUCUUUUGUAUCUGAGUUCGUCUUAAAUCAUGUUCUUGUAUCUUUGAGAUACAUUUUCACCUUGGAGAAUGGCAAAAUGAUAAAGCAAGACAUCUAUAGAAAGUAAGGAGGAUGAAGCAGAGAGCAAUAUAUGAUUGGUUCCAGGAAAGAUUCUAAGGCAUAAAUAAAGAAAGAAGAAUCCACUAAUAUCAUUAUCAAAUGGAGCAUAAGCUUUUAAAAUUCCAUCAAGAUUCAUCAAACACAUGGAAGGCAGAACAUCUGGAUUUGUUUCAUUAGUGGGCCCUAGUGAUAACACUUGGCAUGUUGACUUGAUUCAGCAGAAUAGUGACUUAUUAUUGCAUGAUGGAUGGCCAGUAUUUGUAAGAGAUCACUGCAUAGAAUGUGGUGACUCUUUGGUAUUUAGAUAUGAUGGCAAUUUGCAUUUCACAGUGCAAGUUUUUGAUCGAAGUUCAUGUGAGAAAGAAGCUGCAUUUCAUGCUAAAUGCAGCCAAGAUCCAGGAGGUUUGGAUGAUCCGCUAAGAAAAAAAAGAGAAAGGGAGAGCCCAGUUGUCUCUAAAGAUAAAAUUUUUGAAGGUGUGCCAAAGAAAAUGAGAGGGAGCUCUUGUCAUGUGCAUUCAGAAUGCAUAACAAAGAACUUGGAAGACAAGAUGGAUAAAUCUGAUAAGGAAGCAUACAAGUGUGAAGAUUUAUUUAUGACCGAAAAAUGUCAAGCAGCAGUUUUCUCCAAUGAAACAAAGAAAUGCGGGAGUCCAUCAAAGGAUUCCCUCAGUUCUAUGCCUUCUCAAUUAAAAGCUUGCAAUGAAAAACCAGAGGCUGCCAUCCAGAGCAGAGCAGAUGAUGAAUUCGAUUCUCGUGCUAGAGGUUGUGGUUGCACUUCUCUGUUGUCAACAUUUGAAGAGAAAAAAGUAGCUCAGUCUUUUACUUCCUCUUUUCCUAAUUUUGUGAGGAUCAUGAAAAAGUUCAACAUCAGUGGUUCAUAUACUCUGAAAAUCCCAUAUAAGUUCUCAAUGGAACAUCUUCCCAAGUGCAAAAUAAAGAUUGUCCUUCGUAAUCUAAAAGGAGAUUGUUGGACUGUGAAUUCAGUCCCAACUACAAAGGUUCACACUCUUCAUACCUUCUGUGGAGGGUGGAUGGCUUUUGUCCGUGGUAAUGGCCUCAAGAUGGGAGAUAUUUGCAUUUUUGAACUUGUGCGCAAGUGUGAAAUGCGUGUUCACAUUCUUGGGGCUGGAAAGGAAGGUAUAGAUGGCCAAAGUGGGAAAACUAUGUCUAAUGGGUUUACUCCAGGGUGUGCUGCCACUUCACAUAAAAAUCCUGAAGGUUUACCAAAGAAACCAAAAGGGAACUCUUCAAAGGUCCACUUAAAACAUAUAACCAAGCUGGGUGUAUCUGGUAAGAAAGGGUCUAAAACACAUCAAGAUACUGUUCCUAAUGAAAUGAAAAAACAUGGUAGUUCAUCAAAGAGCUCUGUCAGUUCUGCAUCAAAAGCUUGCAAUGAAAAGCCUGAGUCAGCCAUCCAGAACACAACCAGUGCAGCAGAUGAUCUAAGAUCACAAGCUAAAAGUUUUGUCUCAACAAUAUCAGCUGAAGAAGAAAAAGCAGUGCGUUCUUUUACUUCUAGUUAUCCUUAUUUUGCGAGGUUCAUGAAGAAGUUCAAUAUCAGUGGUUCAUAUACCCUAAAAAUUCCAUAUCAAUUUUCAAUGGCACAUCUUCCAAAAUGCAAGACGGAGAUUGUUCUUCGUAACUUAAAAGGAGAAUGUUGGACUGUAAAUUCAGUCCCAGAUACAAAGGGGCGAAUGGUGCAUACUUUCUGUGGAGGGUGGAUGGCCUUUGUUCGUGGCAAUGAUGUCAAGAUGGGAGAUAUCUGCAUGUUCGAACUUGUCGGCAAAAGUGAAAUGCUUGUACAUAUAUCUGGGGUUGGAAAGAAAGGAUCAGAUCAUCAGAGUGGAAAAGCAGCUUCUAACUAAUUAGGAUCAUCCACCCACAGCCAUUGCAUUUGAAGACAUAUGAAGAUGUUGGACAGUAACUUAGAUUCUGGUGGCGGAUGCCCUCUGCACGUGACUAGUGAGAUGAAAUGAGAUGACAAUCACGUGUUUGUGUUGUACAUGUUUUAUGGAGAACAAGCAGCCAACUGAAGCGUCUAUAACAUCUGAACAGUUGAGCAUGUAGUUAAAAGAUGUUCGGCUGUAUGUUAGAACCUUUCAGUUUUCGAGUCAAAAGGAGUCGGGUAGCUUGGUCGGAAUCAUCAUUGCCACAAGAUAUUUAAACCUACGCUAGGUUGCAAUUGCUUAUAUUGGUAAAUUUUGUUAGGUUAUGUUUGAUGUUUCGGAUAUGAUAUGGGAUGCAAGGUACGUAAUAUACGACCCGAUCAUAAGACUAAUAAUAAGAUAAUCGUAUAUUUAGUUGAGAAUGGAAUGCCAUAUCGUCAGCAACUGGAGGUGGCUUGGUGGUGACUUGAGGUUGAGGGUGACAAAACUUAAUGCGGGGGCACGCAUUGUAGGACACACGCAUGGGAAUAAUGCGUGUUAUGCAACCAAAGGGGCCAAUGCCAUGGGGGGCAUACUUGUAGCAAACAACAGAGGCUAUGCAUGCCUUAAAAAGAAGAAAUCGACAAGGUUGAUAUAGGUUAGGCAAUGUUGAUAUGCAUACGCCCGAUAUAGGCAAACAGCGGCUCAGCAUAUGUGGGCAAUGUUGUAGCAAUGAUGGGGGCUAAGAGGAGGUUUGUCACACAUGCAUCAUAUAUACACACGUUAGUGGGUUGAUUGAUAUACGUUGGCUCAAUUUGGUGCAAUACUUGGCAUUGGUGAAAGAUCAAAUUAGGUUAUUAGGUUUUUAAAAAUAUGAGACAUUUGGUGCAUUACUCAGCACCGGUGAAACACCAAACAAGGGCAAUUAGAUUUAUAUCAGUCAAGAGGAAUAAGGAUGUGAUAUCUUGCCAUUGGGGGAAGACCAAGCAAAGCUACGACGCAUCAAGGAGAUGACAGUUGACGUGGAAUGUUGAAUGACAUAUCAUGUGGGAUAUGUGAUGGCUCGUGGUGCUUUCUAGACAUGUGGUAUGAACCAAACAAAUCCUUGUAAUGAUGAGAUAGGUGACAUGAAAUGCUACAACAAGGCCUGGACAAGUGAUAUUAGAAGAAGGAAAAGUACGUUUUGGCUUGUCCAUUCGGAAAUAAGUUUUAAUUUUCAUAAUAUUUAGAUAUCAGAAGCCCAAAACCCACUUUUCCCGAAGAAGAAAGUGAGCUAUUGAGCAUGAUAUAGGUGCUAAGGGCAGAUGCAAGCAAUCAACUCUUGUUGAAGAUGGGAAUGACUGAAGCCACGAGACAAAUUGCUACCUACAUGUGGCCUGUGGGUAGGGUUAAUGAGUUGAUUCCUCAAUCCUUUUGUAGAAUUGGUGCUUGUAUAAAGUGUCUUUUUAGACAUUCUUUGUAUGAACUCAUUAAGAAAAGUAGUGGGAGUUUUGUUAAAAAUGAUUUAUUCAUUUUCUUAUAA